AGUGGAACGUCCAGGCCCAGUCAAAACAAUGCAGCUUAGCUGCCGUGCCGCGUCUAUUUGAGGUCUGAAAACGGAUCUUCUCGCCAGAUGAACCUGUAACACAAGUGGCCUUCGUCCACAAUUGUGUUCCGAGAGCGGUCCGUCUCGUGUCCGAAGCAGUGAGCUCGCUUGCAGAGUUGCGGUCGUCACCCGUGGGUGUUGUGUUGCCUGUGACGGCUGGAGAUGAAGACGGCUAAUAGGUGUCUGCAGCUCGGUAGCCAGCCGCAGGGGAGCGGCUGAAAACUGGACUCGCAGUGACGCCAAAAACAGAAACGACUUUAUUUGUUAACGUUACAGUUGCUGGGCUGGGUAUCAUGGUGGAGUAGGCGGCGGCGGGUUGAAGGUGUUGCGAUCUCCGGAGCGACGGUUCACCGCGGCGGGGAGCCUCGUCAUGGCUCCGUGCUCUCUGGUGGCGGCCUGCCGCAGCCUGGCCCUCUCUACGUGGCUGCUCUCCUUCUGCUUCGUCCACCUGCUGUGCCUGGACUUCACAGUGGCCGAACGGGAGGAGUGGUACACCGCCUUCGUUAACAUUACCUACGAGGACCCCGCCACCUCGGACCUCCGCACCGAGAAGACCGAAUGUGGGCGUUACGGGGAGCACUCACCCAAACGGGAUGCCAAGGGGGUUCUGGUCCUCCCGGCGUCCCCUCACGACCGCCAGGCCUGUGACCCCAACACCCGCUUCCUGGUGCCUGCUCAGGCCGGGGCCUGGAUCGCUCUGAUUGCCCACGGCAACUGCACCUACAAGGACAAGAUUCGCCACGCGUCGAGGUAUAACGCGUCUGCCGUGGUCAUCUUCAACGUGGGUUCCGCCAAUGCCAACGACACCAUCACCAUGCCACAUCCAGGAACGGGGGAUGUGGUCGCCAUCAUGAUUCCGGAGCCAAAAGGCCGUGAAGUGGUUUCCCUGCUGGAGCGCAACGUGACGGUGAACAUGACGAUAACAAUUGGGACGCGAAACCUGCAGAAGUUUGUCAGCCGGACGUCGGUGGUUUUCGUGUCCAUCUCCUUCAUCGUGCUGAUGAUCAUCUCCCUCGCCUGGCUCGUCUUCUACUACAUUCAGAGGUUCCGAUACGCCAACGCACGAGAUCGAAAUCAGCGUCGCCUUGGUGACGCAGCUAAAAAGGCCAUCAGCAAGCUCCAGGUCCGCACCAUCAGGAAGGGCGACCAGGAGACGGAGGCCGACUUUGACAACUGUGCUGUCUGCAUCGAAGGUUACAAACCCAACGACGUGGUCCGGAUCCUCCCCUGCAGACAUUUGUUCCAUAAGAGCUGCGUGGAUCCUUGGCUGCUCCACCACAGAACAUGCCCCAUGUGCAAGAUGAACAUCCUGAAGGCUCUGGGCAUCGCUUUAAAUGCGGACUGUCUGGACGAUAUGCCCCUGGACUAUGACCUGGCUCUGGGAGGGGUCGGGGGAGUUGGCGCCUUGGCUCUGGAAGCUGUUGUGUCUGGGGCGUCCAGCGACGGCACACUUAGCGAGGGUGGAUCUUCAGUGGUGCUUGACCCGGGAGUGAGACGAGUGGGACUUCCACAGGACUUCCAAGACGCUGACACUCUGAGAGACAGUCCUGUGACGGCCACCACUGAUACACACACCGGUGAGCACGAGCCAAUGGCCAGCAGUGCGUCUGUCGCCUCCUUUGUUAUCGCUGUGGAAACUGGUCUGUCAGAUGAGGAGGGGUCCACUGAACAUUCUCAUUUGGGAGAGAAGUCCUGAGAGAAAACUGCGAUGACACAGUGCCAGCUUAAACUUCUAAGACUUGUCAAGAUCUCGACAGGAAGCAGGGUAAACGGGAGCCACCAGAUCAGAUGGUUGCCUAGAGGUUGGAAUAAGCCUGGAAUGGACAUGGAUGCAGAUCUUCCUCCUCCCUGCUGCGUCUCAUUUCCACCAUAUUUGGCCAGAACUUCGAUUUCAAAAUUUUCAAUGCGACCUGAAAUGACCACGCUGAUUUUGCACGACAUAUUCUUCUGGUCUGUCCUUCGCACUAAUGAGAAAAGUGACUUUUUUUUCCCUCCUUCCAUUUUAAUUUCCUCUUUAUUUAAUUGUUAUUUUGGUGCUCAUGCUCAAUAAGCUGUUACACAAUAAUGCAAGUGACUUUUUUAAAAUUCCUUUGUUUCUGUUGUGGUUGCAUUAACUCCUGUUCUGCCCCCAUGCUGGUUUGGUUCAGCUGUGGUUGAAGCUCAGAAAUGUGUAGGCCUGUCUAAAGGCAGUCCAUAAUUCACUUAAAUGUGUUUUUAAUGGAAGAUUCGAUGUCUUUUUUUAAACCUAAGGGAAUGACAAAGCCUUCAGUAGGGUUGCGGCUGUGCCCAAGAAUAAUUCAAGCUAAAUUUAGCAUAUUGACGUUGGUCCUUGACCAUCUUAAUUUCUUGUUCUACGUUUUUUGUUUUUUACUUUAUUUUGCUCUUAGAAACAUUUUAAAACCUCUUCCCAUGCAUUAAGUGGUUUCCAAAAAUUCUGUUUUGUAUUUUACAUUUGUUUGGAGAAAAUGUGUUUUGACCUUACAACCAUUUAAUUUAACUUUUAAAAGUGACUGCCCUCUUUGUAAAUCAGUUUGACUGCUUUAUCAAUGUGUGACAAUCAUAAGAUGCUGUAUUGAGGCCGCCCCAAUUCCAAUACUUUAUACUGUAGGUACUGUGCACGUUUGAAGAAAGAAGACUUUGAAGCUUAUUGUGAAUUAUUCGGCCAACACCUGCCCUAUUAUGCCAUUGUACAAUCAGUACUCAAGUGUUUUAAAAUGUUUGGUCGGAAAUGUUUUUGAGAUCCAAGUGGUUUAGAACCCAUUGUCAGCAUGAAAUUUCUCAAGUUAAAAACAAACUAUGUGACAAGAACUUAACAAGCUUCCUGUUCGUGACGGCUCUCGACAGUUACACGUGUAAAUAUAUAAAUGUGUUUCUCAAGUUCACAUCGCUGCAUGGCAUCGGUGUUGGUCUGCCGAAGUGCGAAAUACUGUUGAGCUGCGUCGCCGCCUCACUGACACGGAGUUUCCUGAAGCAGAGAGAUAAAGAUUGUCGUCUAUUUUGAUACCAGAGAAGACAUUUAUUUUUGUAACAAAGGCAUUCAGCGGUGAAGACUGACUCCCUCCUCCCUGACCUGCAGCCUGCUGAUUCUCGGUGUGAUUGAGUUGUGAUCAGGCCCGUUUCCCUGUUGAUUAUUUGUAAUUUGUAUAUAGAUUGUAUACUGGGGACCUGGAUCACCUGAACCCAAUGGGAGUUUGGUAUUGUUGAUGUAGCCUGGUUUCAAAUCAAACGUUGUUUGACAAAGAUUCCAUUUUUUUGUUUUCUUCCUUUGUUUUUCUUUUUUCCUUCUUUUUUUUUUUUUUUUGCACUUGUGUCCUGAUGUUUCUUUGUGCCAGUCUCUGUAAGUUAAAUGAUUCUCUUCACACCAUGUCAGGACAAAACACAAU